AUGUCUUUACUAGCUUUUCCUGAUGAAAUUCUUCUUGAUAUAUUUGAUUAUUUAUAUUUUUAUGAAAUAAUUUAUUCAUUCUAUGAAUUACAAAAAACUAAUAGUCGAAUACAUGACCUAAUCAAUAGUCGUCUUCGUUCAAUAAAUUUAUCCAAACUAGAUUUACGUUUUAUGACAAAAGCACAAUUUACUUUUAUAUGCCGUUAUUUAACAUCUAAUCAAAGUGUGCUUGAACGAAUUCAUGAUUUAACUUUAUCAAAUCAAUUUACGUAUGGUGAAAUACGUUUAUUUUCAAAUCAAAUAUCAUUUGAUCAAAUAAUUAAUUUAAAAAAAUUGCAUUUAAUUAAGCCAGCAGUAGAUGAAUAUCAGAUAUUAUUUCCAGAGGAAUCAUCUAAGUUAACUCAUUUAACAUUAGACAAUCCUCGAUGUGAUGAUGAUGAACGUAUUAUUCCUAUUGAUGAAAUGAAUGAAUUAAUUGAAUUAAAUAUUUUAUCAAACUAUCCAGUUCAAUUUCGUUCAGAAUAUUGUCGAGUCGAAAGGUUAACUGUUAGCCAAUUGAAUUUAAUUGAUUUAAUGGGUUUUUCCACUUUUUUCCCUAAUUUACAUUAUCUUGAUAUAACAUUAACUGGCACUGAGAUUGAGUUCGAUGAAAUACCUUUACCGUUAUUAACUGUAUUAAAAUUGCGUAGCUACGACGUAGAACAUUGGUUGUGUGAAAAGUUUUUGUCAAAUCUAUUACAACUAAGAGAAUUGUUCUAUUCAAAUAAUAUCCGUUGUACAAAGACAUUACUUGUUGAUGGUUAUCGAUGCCAAUCAUUUAUUGAACGAUUACCUUUAUUAGAACAAUUCGAAAUCAAUCUACAUUUGGUAAACGCAUAUUCUACCGAUAUAUGUGAAAUAACAGCGUCAUUUGAAAGUUCAUUUUAUGUUUCGAAAAAUUGGAAUAUUGUUUGUGAAUCGAAGCCGGAUUCAAAUGAUUUUCAUAUUUAUUCAGUACCUUCAGUAUCAUAUACAGAUUUACAUACAACAACAGAUAGUCUUGUUUCUUCAGCUGUUUUACCUGUUGAUGAUCCAUAUACUAAUAUCAGCUAUAUCAAAUUAAUUAUGACAUCGAAUUGGCCAUUAGUAACAAGAUUUUUUCCUAAUAUUAAAUCACUUGAAUUAGUUCAAGAAGAUCAUUCGAAAAUGAUUCCAACUCAUUCUAUAUUGUCAUAUUUAAAUAAAUCGAUGUUUUUAUCGAAAAUUCGUAAAUUAAUAUUACCGUAUCCAUGUCAUUUCGACGAUACACUUCUACGUAGCCUUUUACAACAAAGUGCUCCAUACAUUGAUAAUCUUGAUAUACCUUGUGAUUAUUUAAUUCGUUUAAUAAAGAUAGAUCUAUUACAAUUACCAUUAUCGAUACGUAUUCUUACUCUUCGUGGUGAUUAUCUUUCGUUAGAUGAUCUAGAUAUUUUCAUUGAUUUCUUUAAAGUUAAUUUAAAUUGUUUAUCAUUAUAUCUACAAAACAAUAAUUCCUUACCGGAAACAAUACAAAUAGUUUUAGAUCGAUGUCAAUUUUUAUAUAGUCUUCUUGUAUUAACAAAUGAUCCUGUAUCGAUGUUAAUUCAUGUACAACUUUGCGAAUUGAUUCAACAGCGAUCACAAGCUAGUGCUGAACUUCGACCAACUAGUAUUCGAAUUUGGAAUAAAUAA